GCAAAAUCCUCAUUGAGUUUCAUCCACAUCGUGAUUUUGUUGCCCUUCCAGAAUCAUUAUUUUGAUCUCUCCAUAGUCAAAGUAAAGACGAACCCUCUCAUGGUAGCCCCGCUAUUUCUGCAUGCCAGAGCAGAUAUUAUCCUUCGAUCAUCAGAUGGCGUCGAUUUUCGCGUGAUCACGCUCUUUCUGAAUCUCGCAUCCUCGUCCUUUGACUCCAUCAUUGAGCAAGCGGCACAAUCAGACCAGAUCGAAGGUGAUCUGCCCAUCGUGCCCGUGGAAGAAAAUCACAGAGUCCUUGACAUCUGGCUCAGAUUCUGCUACCCUUCUACUCUCGCGGAGGAUCCUCCUCUGCAUGAACUUGAAGAUAUCAUACCUGUCCUCGAGGCAGCCAGGAAAUAUUCUUUGAAACCGCUUGAGCACAAAGUUCGCCAAGCGCUUAAAAGCCGCAUGGAGAAAGAGCCUUUGAGAUGCUUUGCGCUUGCGAUGCGCGCCCAGCUGAACAUUGAAGCUACGCUCGCUGCAGAAUAUACUCUCCGCCAGUCUCUCAUUCCUGCGAGGGUUCCGGAAAUCGACCUUAUCACGGCAAAGGAGCUGCUCGCACUACUUACCUAUCAUCAGAGGUGCGGCAUAUCGGUACAAUCCCUGGGCAGGGAUCUAUCCUGGAUCACCAGCGGCUACAGCUUGAAUGCGACAGGAUAUCAAUGGAUCAUUGAUAGCGGUUCCUGUGGCUGCGAGUCCGGCAACCGAUUCUUGCUCAAUGGUCAACGACCAUUGAAGUGGUGGAGUGAUUACAUGGAAAAGACCCUGACGUCCUUGUACGACAAGCCAUCUGGCCACACAGUCCUUGUGGGGGUCGGUGAUACAGUUCGGGGCGUUCGAGCUACUGGUUGCUCGCAGUGCUGUUCAAAUAUCUUGGUGAAUAUGACAGGAUUCGCCGAGUUUUUCAGUAUGGAGGUUGAUAUGUUGACGGCAAAGGUUGAUCUCGAUAUGGAGUUGCUUAAACCCUUCGUUCCGGUUACUCCAUCAACAAAGAAUUUUAGGGGGGCACCGGGCGGAACAACGGCCCAGACGGACCGUGACACAGGGCGAGAAGGGGAAGAAGAAAAAGAAAAAGUGAGGGAACUCUCAAAACUACUCAGGUUGUAUAUUGGCACACAGGUUGGGAAAUAGUGCUAGUAGUGGUCCAACACUAUUCUCAAGACCAGACUGCACAUUCUAGAACACCGCGGUGCCAUCGACCAACUAAUGUACUUAGUAGCUGAAUGUCAUGUCUCAGUCUGUCUCAGUGCCAGAACCGUGAUUAC